AGUCCGUGUUUUGUAUAUGUGUGCAGAAGUGACUGUGGCGGUGGCUCGCGCCCACGCAAAACAAAAGGAAUUCGGCCGUAAUACAUCAACGAGGCGUAGCUAGUAGCUAACGUCAGUCCUUCACAAAUUUGUGACAAAAUCUAGACGUAAUUUGUUUGUUGAAAUUUAUAUAUGACAUAAUUUGGUGUAAAUUAUUGUUCGAUUGCAAAUACGUAAUGUUAUCAAUGGCAGUAGCAUGAAAAGGCUUGGAUUGAAAGCAGAACUCUGUCUCAGAGCUGUAGGGCCCUUGGGGCCCCAGUAGAGGAUGCACCGUGGUGUGGACAAGGACUUCCAGACUUCAGCGCGAAGGAUGGGUACAUCCUUGCUGUUCCAGUUGUCUGUCCAUGAGCGUGAACUGGACUUGGUGUUCCUGGACCACAGCUAUGCUAAGCCAUGGAAUGCCCACCCGGACGCCAGCAGUGCCCGGCCCACGCGCAUGCUGUUCGUCACACCCCGUCGGCAACCUGAUGCCGUUCCGGAAUCAGACCUGUCAAUAGAUGUGGAAUCUGUCACGCCUACACCUAUUCCACUCUAUGACAAUCAGAAAGCACGCAGUGUUAUGAAGGAGUGUGAGCGACAUGUUUUAUUUGCUCGCACAGUUGCAGAGGGUCCCCCACCCCCUGACGACUGGGAGGAACACAUCAACAAGGCAGGAUGGUCGGUCAUUCAAAACAAGUUGUUUAAUAAGGUGCUGAAGGCUCUGCAAGCUGAAAGACUGGCCCGGCUGGCCAAUGAAAACGCCUCCAAUGAGCCAGUAUUGCGCAGGAUUGCUGUGGACAAGUGUGCCCGAAAGGUGCGCCAUGCACUGGCCAGUGUCAACUGGGACACCAAAUUGACCCAGUGGCUACACAGCACCCUGAUAGAAUCCCUCAGUCUGGCCAUGCUGGCCGCUUACCUAGAUGUACUGCAGACACUCAAGAGCAAGUUGCCCUCGCUGAUUGACAGGAUGCUGCUGACUUCAUCAGUGAAGACUGGAGCGGCCGGUGCAGAGGCCCUCUCUCUGCUACUGAAGAGGCCCUGGGACCCAGCCGUGGGCGUUCUGUCUCACAACAAACCGAGCAAGCUUCCUGGCUCCCCACUCAUCUUAAUUGCACCAUCAGGACCCACCAAUCCUGCUCUUUCUACCUCGCGCCGAAUGAGAUUUUGGCAGUCACAGCUCUCCUGCUUGGGAAAGGUAAUCCCGGUAAAUACCCACGUAAACAGUGGAGCCAAUGUGGGCAUCACUCAGUGUCUGGAGCACAUGUUGGGCACCGUCAGGGCCAAAGUCAUGGAGGUCCACAGUCACUUCCCUCACAAACCCAUUAUCCUGGUUGGCUGGAAUGUGGGAGCGCUCAUCGCCUGUCAUGUCUCUCUCAUGGAAUACCUGACUGCUGUGGUAUGUCUUGGCUUUCCACUGCUAACCAUCAAUGGACCAAGAGGGGAUGUGGAUGACCCCUUGCUGGACAUGAAGACACCAGUGCUGUUUGUGGUUGGUCAGAAUGCUCUGCAGUGUGGCACAGAGGCCAUGGAGGAGUUCCGAGAGAAACUCCGAGCCGACAACAGCAUGGUGGUGGUGGGGGGAGCCGACGACAACCUCAGAAUCAACUCCACAAAGAUGAAAUCAGAGGGACUGACACAGACCAUGGUGGAUCGCUGCAUUCAGGAUGAGAUAGCAGACUUCCUGUCGGGGGUGCUGACGCGGGCGGAGAGCCACGGCCACGGCUCAGGAGAGCUGAGGGACCUUGACACGGAGAAGAAGAAGAAGCCUAGACGGGAGCUACCCUUUGACCUGGAAAGGGGCCGCCCCUCCUCCCCUGCCCUCAGAGUACCCAUAUCCCCCUCAGGCUCCGAGGACCUGUCCAGUGUGUGCAGUAGUCCCACCUCCAGCCCCAAGCCAAAGACGUCGGGACUGUCCCCAGCACAGAAGUCCAGUCUGAUCACUGCCACACAACUCCUCAAGACCCAUAUGCAGCGGUCUGGGACUGUGCUCACACACAAGCAGGCACAAGCCCAGUUUGCUGCUUUUAUGAAACAAAACAUGCUUGUGAGGAAAAAUCUUCCUCCUGGCACUCCCUCCUGUGUCUUUGUUCCUGUAUCCAGUGAGCAGACCGAGGGCCUGGAGAGAGACGAGCUGCGGGCCCAUCUGAAGAGAAGGCAGACUCCCAGUCCCACUCCCAGCAAAGCCUCCAAGAGAGCCAAGAUUAAGGUGACCAUUCUGCAUGGAGAGACAGCAGGGGGCGCUGUCAGCUCUACAGCACAGGAAGGGGGUCCUUCUGGAAAGCCCCUGGCUGUGACUGUUGGACAGACUGUGUCUGGAGCCAAGGAACUCUCUGGACUCCUCACAUCCCAGCGGUCUGGUAGUCUGACAGAGGUGUCUAGUGCCCUGAGCUCGGGGUCCAGCACUUUCCACAACCUGCAGAGUUGCAUGGUGUCAGGGUCCUCCUCACCAGUCCAGGCGCAAGCUCCUGCUUCUGCCCAAGCACCUUCCGCCAGCAGCCUCCUCCAAGGCCUAAGUUUCAGUCUUCAGGAGAUCGUGACCAAAUCCCCUAGCCUGCCCACCACCACAGCUAGCAUGGGCAGCAUUCAGGCCUCUGGUGGGAAGCCCCAGGGUCAGGUCCUUAGCUCCAUAGGUACUGGCAGCAGCACUCUGCUCCGGGCAGUGCCUGUGGUCUCCACUGGAGGGCUGUCCAAGACCACUGCCAUCCACCAGCUACUCACCAAUGGUGGGCUGGCCAAGCUGGCGAGCAGCCUCCCCAGUCUGGCACACAUCUCCACCCAGAGUGCCGCAGGGCUCAGAGCCCCCACCAUUAUAACUGUGAUGCUGCGAGGACAGCCCAGCAGAAUGACUACGCUGGGCCAGGCUGAGAGGCCACUGAUGCUGUCCAAACCACCUGAUAUGAAGUGAUGAACCCAAAGACCGCACGCAUCAUGCCAGAUGUGAUACUGUCAUCCUGGAGGAGUGGCUGGACUGGCUAUGACCCGACUCCAUAGUAAAGGAGUGUAGCCAUGUACCCCCUGCUCUUAUGUCUAUUCUCUCCCCAAUGCAACAGAUGAACACUUGGCGAAGGGUUCCUUCCCCAUGGUGUGAGUUGACUUGUGUAGUGGACCAGUCUCCAUGCUGCAGGAAACUUCAUCAGCCCAACAGCCAUAUAUAUGUAUGGUCACACUCAUUUCAGUUAAGAGUUGAAGAUGGUAUAAAAUAUUGAAAGUAUUUUAUUUUUGUCACAAGAUCUCAGUUGACACUUUUGUAACCCUCAGCAUCAUUGAAUAGGAUAUCUCUGACUUACAGGCAAUGGAUAAUGUAACAGCCAUAUGAUAGUUGUAUAUGUGUAGAGGGGAGAAAUAUUGUAAUUGUUGUUACCUGUUAUGUUAUUUUCUUGACCAUUUGAUCUUUAAAUUAAGCCUGUCUUUUGAGAGCAUUACAACAGUUUUUUUUCUAUAUGCUUUGCUCUGUAACUUUGUUUGGCUUCCGUUAGGUCAAUGGAUUUCUAAUUUGACCAUCAUUAUGCUAGGUGGAAUUUUACAGCUAAUAUUGUUUCAUGUUUAAUUAAAGCCUUUUGGCCUGGCAAGAUGUUUCAAAA